AAACCCAAAAAUCCAAUCCGCCGCAUUUCCCUCUCCCCAACUCCUCCUCCGCUACUAAACAAAAGCCAUGAAAGCACUGGUUUUCUCACCUCCACCACCAUUCCUCACUCCAAACCUCACUACGUUCCCCACAACACCGUCACUACACCUAAUUCCAAGCCUCACCUUCCCUUCUCUCAAGCUCAAUUCCAACCGAUUUCCCACUCCUCCGAGGCCAGACUUCAAGGUCCGGGCCGACGACGGCGACGCCGACGGCGGAGGCGACGACUACGACAUGGACGAAGAGGAAGCCGAGGAGGUCGAUAACAAGAAGGAUUACGACGUCGAGUACGAGCCCCUCGCCUCCACCAUGGCCGCCGCCGACGGAGGCGGCGACGAAGAUAUCGCCGUCGUACAGAGCAAGAGCUUCGUGUCGACGCAGGGUUGGGACUCCGAGACUAUCGUGAAUUAUAGGAUUAACGAGGAUGAAUUUCAUAAGCUUAGCUUGCUCGACUGUGAUUUCUUCAUCAGGAAGCCCGCAGAUCCUGAUAACGAUGUCUAUGAUUUCAGAGAGAUGUAUGUUACUCCUCCGGAUACCGAUAUAUACUCCAUUCCUAAGGUCCUUGCCCCAAUGCCUCAGAAGUACAUUCGAUGUGCAAGGAGCGAUUAUGGAUGCUACAAUGUUACGGAACCGCCAAUUGAUGCUCCCCGAGAUCCUUUGUAUAAAACUGAAAGGGAGAUAUCAAAGUUUUUCUUGACAAAGCACUAUAGGAACCGGAGGUUGGGUGACCCUGAGUUUGUGCUAGAUUUUGAGGAGAUUUAUGUUAUCGAUUCAAAAACAAAGUCAAUUACCAGAGCAAAAGUUUUGGUUACUGUUCCAGAAGGAAGGAAUAGGGAUAGAAAAAAAGACUUGCUUGUUAUACGCGAUAAUGGGAACUCCUUCAAAAUAAUUCCCAUGAGUGAAAGAGAUGAUGCCACGACCGUGAUAGAGAGGGAAGAGUGGAACAAAAGUAGGCAAGACAUGGAGAGACACCUUAGCAAGCUACGGGACUUCAGUGUUUCAAAUUGGUUUUAAUCAUCUGGUUACAUAAAAUAGAUCACCUAAAGAUGGAGAGUUUUGGAGCAUGGCAAAUCGUGUGCACUUCAGAAUGAUUGGGAAGGAUAAUGUAUAUUGUUCCUUCUCCUGCGAACUUUUUUUUUUUUUGGUUUUUUCUGUGGAUGGCAUUCUUGGGUUUGAUUACAUUUUCCCUCGUGUUUAUGCUGCAAAUUUGUGGAUUUGUCUGUCUAAUCCCUAUUGUACACGAGAUUUUUAUUUUGUGGGUGUUUGAAGAAGUGUUAUUUUAGUAGGCUAUUUUAGUUUUUAACUA